AUGCACAUCUUAAGAGGACUUCCUGGAAAUUGCGGCUCGAUCACAGUAACUGCAGAGGAAGUGGAUGCGGAUUGCGGAGGCGAUGCUGAGUUCCAUAUUAGGGCUCACAAACUCGAUCGAAGGCAUUUUAUCUGCCCUACGGAUCCAUUUUUGAAGAUCUACAGGAUCCUGGAUGAUCAUGGCCGUCAACUUGCCUAUCAAAGUGAGCAUGUCAAGCGUACUGUUAGCCCGGUCUGGAAAGUGUUCCGCGUUGGAAUGCAAGCCCUUUGCGGAGGUGAUAAGAAAAGGCAAUUCGUCAUCGAGUGCUGGGAUCACGAUUUCAGCGGCAGGCAUCACUAUAUUGGCGAGUGCAGUAUCUCUGUUGAGGAAGUACUGGCAAAGCGAGCUGAUCCCGUGCCGUUAAUAAACGAGGGUCGAGCGAACAAGGGCCUUUGCUGUGGAACCUACGUAAACUCCGGCACGUUACACUUCAUUCAUUUCCAAAUAGUCAAAACGUUA